AUGGGGAAGAAAAUGUAGAAAGAGAGUGAGUUCUCAUCUAAGGAUCUGUUUGACACUCUGCUGAUCAAGAGUAAGAAGGCAGCCCCUGUGGUCCUUGAAGAGGUUUUGGCUAAAGCUUGCUAAGCCAUCCACAAAUUUGCAAGGAAAGGUGAUGAAAACAGGAGCUCUCUGCUGGGGCUGGGGACAGUGGAGCCUCUGUCUCACCUCAUAUCCCACGAAGACAAGCUGGUCCACCGCAACGCCUUCAUGGCCCUGGGGGUCAUGGCUGCCAACAGUGAUGUAAAAGAAAUUCUGAAGAAACUGGAUGUCAAUGCUUCUGUAAUCGGAAAGCUGUCACCUGAAAAGCAUGUGGUGGUCCAUGAGUUGUGCCUGGCCUCCCUGUUGGGCUUCAACUAUAAGGUCCAGAUCUCGGACCAGGAAGGACUAGAGCCGCUCAUACAGCUGCUAUCAAGCCCUGACCCUGAAGUCAAGAAGAACUCUGAGGAGUCUAUCUACAACCUGGUGCAGGACCUCCCCAGCCGCGUGUCUGUGCAUGAGAUAAAUGGCGUUCUCCUCUCCUGUAGCUGUUGAGAUCUGAUUUCAGCAGCUUGCCUGAGGACCCCGGCAAGCGUAACCAUGGAUAACAACACACAGGUCACCUUCAGGGAGAAGCAGGGCUUUGACAGGCUGCUGGAGUUCCUCUGCAACAAGUUGUUCAGUGAUCUGCAUGUAGCAGCUCUCCAGGUUGUCUCUAUCUGGUUGGAGGACAGAGACCGUCUCCAGCUGAUCCAUGAGACUGGAGAACUCCAGAGGUUACUGCAGUUCAUCACCACUCCCAACCUGCUGGACAUUCAGACACACGUUGUCAAGGCCAUGUCCAGGGUGGCUCAGAGCUUUCAGCAGCUCCAUCACAUAAUUCCCGGUGCGGUGGCUCACGCUGCGGUCAUUCUCACCAACAUGGCCGAACGGGAAUUCCUGCGUGGCAGCAUCAUGUCCCACGGGGUCAUGGCCGCCCUCCUGGAGCCACUGCAGUCUGUGGACAUACACACCCUUGUCAGAGCCAUGCAGGCCCUCGGGCUUGCCUGCGAUGCUGAGGAACAGGCAGAAAUGAGUGUAAAUGCGGAAGGCCUUGUCCCAUUGGUCAAACUGCUUACGGUCCAAUCACAGGAGAUACGCCGCAAUGCAUGCUGGGCUAUCAGCGUGUGCACCAACAAUACCGUGGAAAUGUGCAAGCUGGGGUGAGUGUGGACGGGUUUAACUAUACAUGUGGGGACCAGGAGUACCCACAAGAAUAGUAAACUAACACAAAUUGAACUGCACGUGUGCGUGGAUUCCAACCUGUCUCUCGAAUACAGCCUGACCAACACACUGGCCUCCAAGGACAUCCCUAUGGACAGCUUCUACGACCCCGGACAGUAAGGGAGGACUGCUCAUUCUGGCCAGAGGAUAUUUACUCUAGAGGAUCUGUCGAAACAGCCAGUCAACCAGCGAUGGCCUGUCAUUGCUAUUAACCCCAAACCCUCCGAUGUGUGA